UAUACCCGUUAGAACUGUGCUAACGAUCGGAGUGGCAGGCAUCGGAAAGUCAUUUGCUACAAUGAAGUACAGACUGGACUGGGCUGAGGGUACCGCCAACGAGGACAUCUUUUUUAUGUUUCCAAUUUCUUUUCGGGAGCUAAAUUUGAGAAAAGAGGAAGACCAUAGCUUGGAGAAACUUCUUAAUAUGUUUUUCCCAGCUAUGGAAACAUCAGAAAUAACAGACUAUGACAAGUACAGAAUUCUGAUUGUCCUGGAUGGUUUUGAUGAAUGUCGCCUUAAUCUUGACUUCACUGAAAGGAACAGUUGCACAGAUGUGAGCGAGACAACCUCACUGAAUGUUCUGCUGACAAACCUCAUCCAAGGAAAUCUGCUUCCUAAAGCUCAAAUCUGGAUCACGUCCCGACCUGCAGCAUCCAACAAUAUCCCUCCUGGUAAAGUGGACCGGGUUACAGAGGUGCGAGGAUUCAAUGAUGAGCAGAAGGAGAAGUACUUUAUGAAGAGAUUCAGUGAUAAAGAUCUGGCUGAGAAAAUCUUGUCACAUGUCAAGAAAUCAAGGAGUCUUUAUAUCAUGUGUCACAUCCCUGUCUUCUGUUGGAUCACAUCAAAAGUUCUGGAAGACCUUAUGAACAAAGACGAAGAAGGGAUGAUGCCCAAGACUCUGACUGACAUGUACAUACACUUUGUUUUGUUACAAUGCCGACAGGGUAAAGUGAAGUAUGGUGGAGAUGAGACAGGUGAGAGCUCUGAGACAGAUUCAUGCUGCUAUACAAGCAACCGGGAAACAGUCAUAUCUCUGGGGAAACUGGCCUUCCAGGGGCUAGAAGAAGGAAACCUUCUCUUCACUGAAGAAAACUUGAAGGAGUGCGGUGUUAACAUCACAGAGACUGCAGUCUUCUCUGGAUUAUUCACUCAGAUUAAACGAGAAGGCUGUGGGUUGUCCCAACAGAAAUUGUUCUGCUUUGUCCAUAUGAGCAUUCAAGAGUUCCUGGCAGCUUUUCAUGUCUUUCACACAUUCAAUGACAAAGGUGAAAAUCUGCUCACAAAACCCGCUUCAACAGUUGCUGCCUCUGACUUCUACAAGACAGCAGUGGACAUGGCUUUAGAUAGCAAAAAUGGAGACUGGGAUCUGUUUCUCCGCUUCCUGCUAGGCCUCUCUCUGGAGACCAAUCAGAAUCUACUGCAAGAGCUGCUGAACAAGACAGAAAAUAACGAGGAGACCAACAAGGCAACAAUCCAGUACAUCAAGGAAAGGAUUAGGGAUGAAAACAGUGAUCCUGAUAAAAAUUGCAAUCUUUUCCACUGUCUGAAUGAGCUGAAUGAUCACUCUCUAGUGGAAGAAGUAAAAACGUACCUGCACUCUGAAACACACACAUUUGAAAAUUUCACCCCCUCACAGUGGUCAGCUCUGACCUUUGUGCUGCUGACAUCUGAUGAGGAUCUUGAUGUGUUUGACCUGAAAAAGUACCUGAAAUCAGAGAAAGUUCUGCUGGGAAUGUUGCCGGUGGUCAAAGUCUCCAAAACUGUUUUGUUGAGUUGGUGUGAGCUCUCUAAAGAAUCCUGCAAAGGUCUGUCAUCUUCAGUCCUCAGCUCCCCGUCUAAUCUCACACAGCUAGACCUGAGUCAUAAUGACCUGCUGGAUUCAGGUGUGCAGAUGAUUGCUGAUGGCCUAAAGAGUCUUCACUGUAAGCUGGAGAUUCUAAAGUUGUCAGGUUGUCAGGUGACAGAGAAAGGUUGCUUAUCCCUGGUCUUAGCUCUUAAGUCAGAGAAAAAGUCAUCCCUGAAACAGCUGGAUCUGAGCUACAACCACCCAGGAGCCAAUGGAAAGAUGGAGCUCACUGCUAUAGCAGAGGAUCCAAAUAUGAGCCUGAAGGAACUCUGUUUGGACCAUGAUGGAGAGCAUCGGUUAAAGCCAGGACUGAAGAAGUAUGGUGCAGAUCUGAAGCUUGAUGAAAACACAGCAAGCAAGAGGCUUGUUUUUUCUGAAGGAAACAGGAAAGUAAAAACUGUAGGGAGGGUGGAGGAGAAGGUGGAACGACCUGAAAAUGAGGACCGGUUUAUGAGAUCUCAGGUCAUAUGUGAGGAGGGUCAGAAGGGCCUCUGCUACUGGGAAGUGGAGUGGAAAGGGACGGUCGGCAUUGUAGUGACAUAUAGAGGAGUGAGCAGAAAAUGGGACAGUAGUGGUGGCCUGGGAUGCAAUGAGAUGUCCUGGAGUCUGAUCUGCUCGAAGACUGGAUACACUGCCAGACAUGGGAAGACAUCCAGACAUAUUAAAGGGCCCCCUUGCCACAAAAUAGCAGUGUUACUAGAUUGGGAAGGUGGUACUGUGACUUAUUACAGUGUCACAUCUGGAAAGCUGAGCCUCAUACACACCUUCGAAGCCAAAUUCACAGAGCCCCUCUUCCCAGGCUUCUGGUUUGAGAGCGGCUCUGCGACUUUGUGUGAGAUAGACUGAACCCCUCUGUGAUGUCGUCAUGUAGUGAUCACUCAAUGCCCCACUUGACAUUUUGAUAGAUUAGAGAAAAGUAUACAUGCAUCAUUUUAUUACCAUAAUGUGGAACAUGACUAUAUCAUGUUGUUUUUCUACCCGUUCAUAUUGUAAGUCUUUAUAUUAACAUUGUGACAGAAGACAUGAAGUAACAUAAAU